AUGAAUAGGGGCUCAGCGAGCACGCCGGCCUCGCCGACUUUCCCGCCAAAGGUCCGAUGGUCGAGUAUAUCCGCCGACGGGGUGUCGAUCAACAACCUGAAGCGCUUCACGACCUUCGUGGAGCGGUCCUUCAGCCUCGACGCCGACAAGGCUGACUGGGGAAAGGAAUGGCAGGAGAUACUGGCCGCGUCGGAGCGGAAGCUUGCGCGGUCGCAAGCGCGGUCAGAGCCAUGGUCGCCGACGACACAAUCGGGGUCGCAGCGGUUCGACGAGAGGCCCCCCGAGAAAAAGCCAGAGGACUUUGUCGUCGACUGGGACUCGGAUUCGGACCCAGAAAAUCCUAAGAACUGGCCGUGGUCCAAAAUCUGGACGCACAUGGGGCUCGUCAGUGGCAUCCUCUUCAUCGGCUCGUUGGCGACUGCGAUAUUCUCGCCAGGGGUGCCGGAGCUCCUAAGCGAGUUCCACAACCAGAGCAAACUGCUUGGGGUGAUGGCCGUCUCCAUCUACGCACUGGGGUGGGGGGUCGCUCCACUCGUCCUCGGCCCAUUGUCUGAGGUAUUCGGCCGCCUCGGCGUCUACCAUGUCACCAACAUCGUCUUCACCAUUACAACGCUGGCCUCCGCGAGGUCACAAAAUCUCAUGACCCUGAUUAUUCUCCGGUUCGUUGCUGGCUGCGCCGCCUCGGCCCCAAACGCCGUCGGCGCCGGCACCAUGGCCGAUAUAGUGCCCCUGCAGUUCCGUGGCAAGGUCAUGUCUGUGGCCAUCGUGGCGCCGCUCCUCGGGCUUGCCAUCGGUCCGAUGAUUGGCGGGCCUUUAGUCGAUGCGUAUGGCUGGAGGUCGACUGUCUAUUUCACUGCCGCCGCCGGCGGGAUCCUCACUAUUGCCUCUCUCCUGUUUCUCCGGGAGACAAACGCAAAGGUCAUUCUUGAGCGCAUCGCACAUGACCUGCGCAAGAUCACCAAGGACAAACGGCCACUCUUGCUGCUAUUCACCAACCCAGUCAUCUCAUUACUCUCAGCAUAUCUCGCACUGGUGUCAGGGUACAUCUUCAUAUUCCUUGCCACCCUGCCAACAGUUUUCAAAGAGAAGUACGGCUUCUCAACCAGCACAGUCGGCCUAGUCUACAUAGGUUUGAUGGUCGGCUUCGCAGCCGGCGUCGUCCUCAGCGCGACAGUCAUGGACAAGAUCGCCAUGCGGCGGUCCGAGAAAGGAGGGCACAAGCCCGAGAACCGCCUCGUGCCCAUUGUGUACGCGAGCCCGCUUAUUCCCGCCGGGCUUCUGCUGUACGGCUGGGCGCUGCAGGCCGGGCUGCACUUCGCCGUGCCUAUAGUCGGCAGCGCGUUGGUCGGGGCGGGCAUGGUGCUCACACUACUCCCUCUCAACACCUACCUCGUGGACGCCUUCACGGCCGUGGCCUCGUCAGCCAUUGCCGCCUCGACGCUGCUGCGAUAUGUGCUGGGAGCUUUCCUACCGCUUGUCGGCACCUCGCUUAAUGAUAGCCUGGGACUGGGGGUGGCCAAUACGUUACUAGCUGGUAUAUCGUGUGCGCUUAUCCCUGCUCCUCUGCUAUUCAUUAAGUAUGGCGAAAGGCUCCGGACUAGGUUUGAGCGGCAGUUUUAG